CAUUCUCUUUUGUUCUCAAUGUUCGUUAUCGUUUCUUCUGUGUCACGCUCCAAUGAACAGACAUAUCCAUCACCCUUUGAGCAUAUUACCGAUAAUCGUCGCAGACAGCGCGAUUUAUGCUCACAAAGGACAUCCAGAAAGUCAUUAAAGCCCCCGGGAACGAUGGGAGUAAUGUGGAGUGGAUGGGCCUGCGUCCAAUGAGCAGAAUAAUACGAUAAAUAAUGCAAUUUCACCGCAACUACAAUUGUCAUUACUCGUGAAUGCACCAGACCUCUGACCAAAUGCAACCAAUUUAUCGUUUAUCCACUGCCAUUGCCCCACUCCUUCUACAAUCGAAGAUAUAAUAAUAGCCCGCGUGCACCGGAAUUCAAGAUUGGAUUAACGUCUGAAUGGGGAUAACUCGAUGAAUGACUCUAUAGGAGUUUCGUGUCGGUGCGUAAAUUGAGCAAAUUACAGAAGAAUGGCCUUUCGGUGUUAGCUUGGGCACGGAGAUCCCCGCAAUGCCCCUAUAUACAUGCCGAUUUAACCCACCCAGAGGCUCUCACCACGACACCACCCGCACACCAUCAGAAAUUACUUGGAAUGUCAGCGGCAACUGCAUUUUAAUUUUCAAUAUAAAUUUUGAUUAAAUUACGGGUCAAACGACUGCUUUCGCUGUUCGUUGUUAAUAUGUUUAUUGAUCGAGUAAUUAAAAAAUCCAUAAUCUAAUUAAUACAAAAUGUCUUCCCAUGUAUUUUCCAGGCGAAACUCCAUCACUUCGGAAUAUCGCAAUGCAAGAAGAGUCUCUCGGGCGAGAAGAUCCACCAAGUGAUGGCCCGAUUGAAUGAUGAAUCAGUGAUUUCGAGGGGAUAUGAGAGUCACUGAGUUGCGCAGUGGACAACUGGUGGUAAUUACAUCCCGAGGAUGAAUGUACUCGACGAUGUAUUAGAAAGUAAGAGGGCACCCGGGGGAGCACGCCUCGGUGGGCCCUUGUCGUGGCAUCAAGCGCCCAGUUAGUCUCUGAGAAGUUGUGCAUUUCACUCGACGUCGUUCCUCGCAUUUACCCUUGAACCUUUUCUCGAGCCCGACGGUCCGUCUGCAUAACCACUAAAUCAUAUUCCACCCUAAUCUAGCAGUUUACAACCUUCCAUUCUCCCUUGAGAAUAAGUUCUCUCAAGUGCCAUUAUCAAGUUUGCGGAAUGAAAAUGUCGUCUCGGUGGUACAGUGCUCUUGUGUUUGGUGUUUGGAUCUCAUUCUCCUGGAGCUUCAACAGUGCCCAAACUACUGUGAGGACUUAUCAGAAUAAAACAGUGGUCCUGCCCUGCCACGUUGACAGUCUUGGUGUCCCUACGACAGUCAGAUGGUGGAAAGACGACCGCCAGUUAGCUGACAGUGGUGACCCAAACUUCGUCCUCCCCGCGAGAAUGAAGAUGUGGGACAACAUGAGUCUAGAAAUAUCGCAAGUGCAGCCGGAGGAUUCGGGUGAAUACGUGUGCCAAGCGACCAGGCCAUCAUCCUGGGGGCACGUCACUCAGGUCCACGCUAUCGAAGUCAUGUAUCCCCCGACGGUCCACUCGGUACCAGAAGCCGGCGAACUGGAGGUGAAUCUCGGAGAGGAGGUGGAAAUCGCCUGUAUCGCUAAAGGAGUACCUUAUCCCAGCAUCUCAUGGCGGAUGAAGGACGAGGAGAUGAAGCUCUUGGACGAGAGAUCAAAAUUGAGGUUUCAAGCGGACAAUCGAAGCCUGUCCGGUCGCUACACCUGCGUUGCAGACAAUGGGGUGGGUGAUCCGGCUACUGCCACCAUAGACCUUCGCAUUCGUUACAAACCGGAGAUUGAGCCGAAGAAGAGCUGGAUCCACGCCUCUCCUGGGAUUAGAAUUCAGUUGGACUGUAAGGUCAGUGCAUGGCCGGAGGCCCUCGUCGAUUGGUACUUCGAGGGUGAGAAGAUUCUCUUCUCAUCGAGAAUUGUCAAGCACACAGCGGAUCAAGUGCACAGUCUCAUCAUCAGAAACGUGAGAUCCGCCGACUAUGGCUAUUACCAGUGCAAAGCCUCCAAUAAUCUCGGAGUGACCGAAGCUGCUAUUGAGGUAUCUGGUAUUGCCAAUGCCGCUGUGUUCAAGGAGUCCAAUAUCAUAUCGCGAAAUGCUUACAAUUUCAUCUGGGAGGUGGACAGCUACAGUCCAAUCAUCGAGUACCAAUUCUGGUUUCGCAAGUAUUGGCCUUCGGAGCGCCGUGACUGGCACAAGCUCUUCAUUCCAAGCGGCAGUGAAGCGAUUGGACCACUCCAUUCUAAGUCUUUUAAUCUCACGGGCUUAGCCCCAGCUACAUACUACGAGGCACUCGUUCUAGCUAGAAAUCGCUAUGGGUGGAGUAAACCCUCGAAGGUACUGAGAUUUGCUACUGAGGGUGCACCUCCCCACAAGGAACAUUAUAAGGUCGAGGAGGUGUACGAGGAGUCAGCGCCAGCUGUCGUCCUGGGCAGUCCUGCACUCCAACAAUCACCAUCUGAACCCAGUGGUGCGGAUAUCAUUGUCACAACCUUCAUACCAAGUCUGAUUAUCUCUAUCUACGCCCUAAUUGACCUAACUCUCACGUAAUCCCGAAUUACCGAUGGAAUCUGAUCAAUAUAAAUAUUCCUUAGUCUUUUGAUAAUUCACUCGCCCAAACUGAGUGUUAUUUAUUACAACUGAAAAAAAUUGUACAGUAGUUAAUAAGUCAAUACGAGUGGUAAUUAAGAAUAUGUGGAACUGCAGAUAUCACUCUGUUCCAUUCUUUUUUUUUUAUUGUAUACACUUUGUGCGUGUGAGGACAGACUAACAAGAGAAAAUAAUAUUAAAUGACAUAUGACUUUGUUAAUUCCAUUGUCAGUCAUUGUGCCUCCCCUUCUCCUAGUGAAAAAUGCAAUUUUUUCAAAUGACGAUUUAGUACUGAUGAAUUCCCUCAUGAGAAAAUUUAUUCUAAAAAAUAUAUAAUUCAAAUAAAUUAUAUAUUUUUAAAAAUAUAAGCCACGCACUCUACUCCUCGAGAUUAAAUCAACAGAUGACUAAAAAUCAGCCUCCAGGAGUUUGUAUAGAAAUGCAUUCAAUGGAUUGUCCUGUGAGAUAAUGAAAAAAAAAUGAUAAUAAAUUUACGAUUUGUUCUGUUGGUUUGUGAUUUUUCUUAUUCAUCGACUGCAUGACUUCCAUUUUUGUAAAUUGUUGCAAUCUUUUACAAUUAUUAUUACCUUAUUACAAUAAUAAUAGUACAUUACAAAUCAUAUCAGACAGAUUCACGCCAACGAUCGUAGUAUGAAAGAAAAAAGGAUAUAAUUCAUUGCAAUUGUAUCUUUAUUUCAUUGAAUGUUCUGCUGUCAUCAAUCAACCUCGCUUUGUUUUUCAUGUUAAAUGUGAAAAAGCCCUCGAUCACUGUUGGCCUCCUUCGACAUCAUCAUGACUAAUAAUACGUUCAGCGCGAAAUAUCUAAUAAUCAGUUUUUUUGUUUCUUUAAAUUCAUUACUUUAAGUGAAAAAUUGUGUAAAAAGAUGAACCUCCGAACGCGAUGUGUCACGAGCAUUUUCGGUCUGCUCAGGGAAGGGAGAUGUACCCGUUCGAAUCCACGCUUUCAUUUUUUUUUUAUUUUUUUACUCAUUUUUUUCUUCUUUUGUCGUUUUUUUUUCUUGUAGUAGUAGCUUUUGAGGGGAGGAUGUUCCCGGAAUAUUUUUAAUUCCUGUCGGUGGCACGGAGUUUCUCCUCGACAGCCUCCUCAGAGGCCUCCGAGAGAUCCGUCGCCUGUAUGUACUUCUGUACACCGACGAGGGACUUCUUGAGCGCGUCGAAUGAGCUUGAGUACAACA